GAAAACUCUGAGAGCUGGGAAGCUGACUGAGAAGAUCUUGAAGCUGUUCCUGGCAACUGGCAAAGAAGAAAUCCUUUCUCUCAUCCAAGCACUUAAUAUCCAGCAUGUCCACACUCCUGUCCUUCCCACUAGAUGCUCUGAGAAAUUCUAAUAUUGUUUGACAUUGUGUGAGCACACUAGAACUCAAACACUAGCUGUUUCAAGGACGAAGCCUGUUUUUGCUUUCUGAUAUUUUUUCACCACAAAUUCUGAUAAAAUGGCCCAAGUAAGCAUCAAGGACAACGAGGUUGAUGUUGUGAUUGGUGUACUCCAUGCUGAUAUGACAUCCUUCAUGGAAGAGUGGAGACCAGUGUUCUCCCGAUUCCACCUGAUAAUCAUCAAAGAUCCAGACCUCAAAGAUGAACUUCGGAUUCCCGAAGGCUUUAACCUUCAUGUGUAUACUAAAUCUGAUAUAGAGCGAGUUGUGAGGCCGUCUUCUGCUUCUCUUCUCCUUUCUGGCUAUUCAUGCCGGUACUUUGGUUACCUUGUAUCACAGAAGAAAUAUAUUAUCUCGAUUGAUGAUGAUUGCAUCCCUGCUAGAGACAGCGACGGCAAUUUAGUGGAUGUAGUGACCCAGCAUGUCACCAAUCUUACAACUCCGGCAACUCCUUUUUUCUUUAAUACACUCUAUGACCCUUACCGUAAAGGAGCAGAUUUUGUUCGCGGUUAUCCAUUUAGCUUGCGGAGUGGGGUGACCUGUGCUCUGUCAUGUGGACUUUGGCUUAAUUUAGCAGACUAUGAUGCACCCACACAAGCCCUCAAGCCCGGACAGAGGAACUCUCGAUACGUUGAUGCUGUUUUGACUGUACCUGCGAAGGUCAUGAUGCCUGUGAGUGGAAUCAACAUAGGUUUUGAUCGUGAGAUGGUGGGACCUGCUUUGUUGCCAGCUUUGAGGUUGGCAAGGGAAGGAAAUUUGAGGUGGGAAACAGUGGAAGAUAUAUGGUGCGGCAUGUGUCUUAAGGUGGUAUGUGAUCACUUGAGACUCGGUGUGAAAAGUGGGCUUCCGUAUGUGUGGAGAAAGGAAAGAGGUGAUGCCAUAGAGAGUUUGCAGAAAGAGUGGGAAGGGGUGAAGUUGAUGGAGGAAGUUGUCCCAUUCUUUCAGUCAGUGAGGUUGUCUCGAGCAGCAGUGACAGCAGAGGAUUGUGUGGUUGAGAUUGCUGAAGCAGUAAAGCAGCGGCUGGGACCAUUGGAUCCUGUGUUUGCUCGUGCUGCUCAAGCCAUGGUGGAUUGGGUCAAGCUUUGGAAGGUAGUCAGAACCCAAUCGCCACCCUCUGUUGCCUGAGAGGUGGUAGCCUUUUGCUUUAUUUCCAUAAGGCUUCUGAUUUUCUUGUGAUGCCCUUUUGGAUUCCUCCCCUUAUAUCAUACCUCACAUUUUUCUGAUGUGAGGUAAAAAUAAGAGAGUUUGUAUUUACUGUUAAUACAGUUGCCAUAUAUUUCUUCUGGUUUGCUUUAACUUUUGGGAUUUGCUGCAAUAGGACCAUGUUGUUCCCCUUAUGCCUGAACACACGCUACUUUGCUGUACAAAAUGGAGAAAGAUUGCACGAUCCAUUAUCGAUACUACCAUAUUUGUAGAAAAGAGAAACAUCUGCUUGUUUGUUAGUUGAGUUUUUAUUGCGAUCUCUGAAAUGAAUCACAUCUCCACCAAAAAUCUGAA